UGGCUGCUUUUUUGGCAGUUGAGCCUUGUGCCCCUAGGUGGUAGGCACCACAGCCUGAAACGAUGUCUUCAGCCGUCUUGUCUGUGUUAACUGCAUGUAUUUCAUUUCUAGGACGCCUCUGCAUCUUGCUUGUGCGAACGGCCACGCAGAUGUCGUUCGCUUUCUGGCAGGAAAGAAGUGCAAGCUGAACCCUCGUGGCAUGUAUAAGAAAACACCACUGAUGCUGGCAGUACAGCACCAGCACAAGGACUGCGUGACCGCUCUGCUGGAGCACGGUGCCGACGCCGACCGCAAAGGUGCCGGUGGCAACACUGCCCUUCACAUGGCUGCCCUCAUGCCCAGCAAAGCGAUGGUGGAGCUCUUGCUCGAGCACAAUGCCCAGAUUGAUGCUCGGAAUGACUUAGGAUACACUCCGCUUGCCGUCGCGAUCAUCGAGCGCCGUGAAGAGAUGGUCGAGUUCCUCCUUGAAAAGGGAGCCGACGUGAACGCUCGAGAUAUUCAUCAAAGGACCCCUCUUAAGAUUGCUGGUUAUGCCAGGAAUACAAAUGUAGUGCGGCUUCUGCUUCAGCACGGUGCUGUUCUUUCUCAUCGAGACGAGAACGGCUUCACAGAUAUGGCUUAUCUUGAUGUCUUUACUCCUGGUUUUUCUAAGACACUGCAUGAAUACGUCAGAAGUAAAAGGACGGGAGAAUGCUCUGUAGGAGGUGCAGGAGGUGCAGCUGUACAUGAGAUCUCUUCCUCCGGGACGACUGCUGCCCCUCCCGUGGGAGCACCUGCACAGAGUGGAGCAGGUGUCUUGCCAGAAGCUGGAGCAGAGCAAGAGGAAGACUUUGAUUCCCUGUCUGAUUUUGAGGUACCUUCUCUGAAGACGGAUUCCGAAGGUCCAAUGGAACUACUUGAUGCCGUGCUGCUUCCAGGUGCAAAGCAACAAGGAGCGUGUGCGCACCCUGUUGCAGAGGAGCGCCACAAUGGUGUGUUGCCAGCAGCAGGAGCAGCACAAGAAGAAGAUGAUUUUGACUUCUCUUCUUUGGAUGAGGUACUUUGUCUUCCCGAGCUAAAGGAAUUGUUAUGCUUCUUAAGCCCAGCUGCUGAAAGGCAGUGUGAUGCUGCAGUGUUCCUGCGGAUUCCUCUCCUCACUGUCUGUCGGUCUGUGUUCUUGCUCGCUCAGGAUUUUGCACUGGAGAGAGAAGAGCUUCCGCUCAAGAAGGAGGCUUCAACACAAACCGAUGGUCAAGGCGACACUCAGGAAUGGGUCAGGUGGCUGCAGCAGGAGCUUGCCAGCGCUCUCAGAAAGUGCUCCCUGGCAGAAGCUUCACUUGAAGCUGAGAAGCGCCACAGCAGGGACCUGCAGGAACAGAAACUGCAGCUGCAGAAGGAACUGGACAGUUCUAAAGCUCAGCUGCAGGAACUGAAAGAGCGGCUUAUCCGGAACGAGUGUUAUGCCGAGUCCCUGGAGAGUGACAUAAAGAAUAAGGAGAGGGAGCUAACAGCUUCCAAGCACCUGCAGGGACUUCUGGUCACCUCUUCUGGAACUGCGGCUGUCCCAGAGCUGGAAGAACGCGUGCAGCAGCUCCAAGUUCGAAGGGCCAGGCUGGCAGCCACAGUCCAGCAACAAGCCAAGACUAUAGAAGCCCUUCAGCAAGACCUGCAAGCCUCUGCCUCACCACUGCUGAGCCUCCAGCGCCAUUAGCACUGAGGAGAUGCCAGAGCAGAGGAAGUGCCGGUGCCCGAAAGCUGAGUGGUGACAAGAGAGAGGAAUGAAGCCUGCAAACCCUGACAUUCCAUCUUGUGCAGCCAUUGCCCUGCAUCUAGUUCCAGCUGUACUGUUGCAGCGUGCUGUUUAAUAAACGGUGUCGUCUA